UACGGAUCUUCAAUUGCUGCUUACAAAAUAAAUUUUCUAGAUUCUAUGUCGGCGAACUUCAGAUAGCAAGAAAAGAUGACUGAACGAGACGUCUCUUUUUAUAAGUCUACUCUAGAGAAGACGGACUCAAACACUUUAGUUCGCGAUGCUUUGUUGAAGCUUCUGAUGAACCGACCAGAGAACCCCGUGAAGUUUUUAAGUGAUCACUUCCGUUCUAUUUCGAAUCCUGAAAAUCGGAACCGAAUAUCUCAAGCUGUGGAAACUAUUUUGCUGAGCAAUUAUGGAAAGCCAGUCUUCGAAAGAAACCUAUUGUCAGCUUUCGAUGUCCUUUCUAAUGCUAAGGAGGUCAGUGUUUCUGGAAUUGGUGGAACUGUCUUUCAAGAGUUUGUUACUGAGCUGAUAGCGUCAUACUGUGUCGGGCAGCAAAUAGAGGCCAAGAGUGUUUGUCUGGAGCAGGUGCAGAAGAGACUGGUGGUACGAGAACAUGAAGUGGUCCCUUUCUCCAUCUUCAGAUCUGCAGUCUACCUCUGCCUCAUUUCUAUCGAUUUCUGCACCUUCUGCGACCAACUGUUCACUGAGUUGGACGUGCAUAAACAGGACAGAAUCAGCUGCAAAUUGGCAGACUCUAUUCUGAACGAACUGUUCAAAGGCGCCACAGAAGUAGACGCUGAAACCGAAACACUCAGGCUUCUGGCAGUGGCAGCGAAAUUCACCAACAAAAAAAUUGCAGAAAUUUUAGAACAGGCUAUGGACUCAUCGCAUUCGACAGUUAAAACGUUGACUCAAACUGAAUUUGUGUCCCAGGCAAUCAACAUUUUUUUCGCCCAAAUAACCUUCACAUUGUGAUUUUGAAACAACAUGAAGAGGAAUCUUGACAAAUAUCACAUGUGACUCUCGGUUCAAGAUCUUAGAAGCACGGAUUUGCUGCACCUCAUGAUGAUCCAUGAUUGAACUCUAUAGUGAAUAUGAACUCAUUUUAGAUUUAGGUAUCGAACUCAUGAAAGUUCAACUAUUGAUAGAUUUGAAUCAAAGUUUCGAAAAUGAAUAGUACAUAUGUAUAUUUGUAAUCAUUUGUGGUUAAAAUUGUAAAUAGUUAAUAUGUAAAAAAAGUCUUAGUGUCUCCUUUUUGACUUCUGACAAAAACGAUGACAAUUGUUGUGAAUUGACUAGCAUAAAGCUCGAUUAGCAUAAAAA